AUGGCGGUAUCACCUCUCACCUCACAAUCUCCUGCCGGUGCUUUGGUCUCAACAUCUACAGCUUCCAAGGCGAAAAGCCUUGCUGUCAGAAGUGGGAGCCAGGGUGCUCCUGCGUCUUCAUUCCGCAAUGCGACCGCAGCUUUGGGGCCGUCGGAUCAGAUGAACGAUAAUGUGAGGCGGAGAUACGUCAAGGACAAAAAACUCGGUGAGGGUACUUACGCCGUUGUCUAUCUCGGUUACUUACGCGAAACGCCUUCGUCCCUUGUUGCUAUUAAGAAGAUCAAAGUCAACGCUGAAUAUCGAGACGGGCUCUCUAUGGACGCCAUCAGGGAGAUUAAGUAUCUCCAAGAGUUGUCCCACCCGAACAUCAUCGCCCUUCAUGACGUCUUUUCUUCCAAGGAUCAAAACCUCAAUCUUGUGCUCGAAUACUUGCCACUGGGCGACCUCGAAAUGCUGAUCAAAGAUGGCAAUAUCCAAUAUGGCGUGGCAGAUGUCAAAGCUUGGAUGGGCAUGCUUACAAGGGGUGUCUGGUUUUGCCAUGAAAACUUCGUCUUGCAUCGUGAUAUUAAACCGAACAACUUAUUAAUCGCGUCAGACGGCGAAGUGAAACUCGCUGAUUUCGGUUUGGCACGGUCAUUCGCAGAUCCGUAUAUGAAUAUGACACAUCAAGUUAUCACUCGCUGGUAUAGGCCCCCGGAGCUCUUGUACGGUGCCCGGCAAUACUCUGCCGUGGUGGACGUAUGGUCUAUGGGUAUGGUCUUCGCAGAGCUACUUCUUCGUGUGCCCUUUGUGGCGGGAAACAGCGACAUGGACCAAAUCGUCAAGAUCAGUGAGGCAUUCGGAUCUCCGACAGAAGAGAAUUGGCCUGGUGUCACCAGAUUGCCUAAUUACGUAGCCCCUGGGGACCGAACUACUCCUUUACAAGGGAGGGAUUUUUUCUUACGUCAGUUUCCUACGGCCGGACCUCUCGGUGCUGAUCUGUUGAUGUCCAUGACCACCCUUGAUCCUCUCCGCCCUACCUCGAUCGUCGAGCCAAGCGAGCAAUGCACCGACUGGCAGCUUGUCUUCGCUUCCUCCGCGAAAAUUGAAACCGUUGUGUACCGUUUCAGAUUCCCAAAGAAGCGCGUCGCCUUCACCCUCCAAGCUUCGCCCGCCUACAAGACCUUCUCUAGGCGGAAACAGUCAUCCGAACUCUUCCAUGCGUUCCGUCUCGGGCACAACAACCCCAAAUGGCACCGACAGGAGUUUGCGAAGAUCUGUCAGCAUAGCAGCCUUCCCUCAACCUCCCAAGUCGAGCGGCAGAUUAUCGAUGGCCUCGAUAUCAAGUUCGACUUCGCAUGUUCCAUCGACAGCGCGCAGUACCCCGGACAUUACCAAGUCAGUUCAAAAGCGGUUUCUCUUCUCGAUCACGGCAGCGACGGAAAGACGGUCCUGAAUGCGGCAGUCAGCAGAGACUCUGAAGGCCAAUUCAGUAGCUCCUCCCCGCCGCACAGUAGGAGCUCCUCAGCGCAGGGCUCAUAUUCAACAAGCGCGACGACAUUUGAUGAUACGGAGGAGACAGAGCACGACUCCAAGGACGCCUUAGGAGCGGGCAAGAAGGUCGCCCGACCUAAAGAAGCCAAGGGCAAUGUCAUUGUCAGUGUGCGAGUACGACCGGAUACCGGCGCGAACGAAAACUCGCGUGCAGAAGAAGAAUGGAUGGUCGACGGCCGAAGGUCACUGAUAUCCUUUCGAGGAAAGGAGAGCUACGAUUAUCUUUAUGACAAUGUUUUUACCGCACAUGACAACAAUUCCAAAGUCUACGAUUCGUCGGCUAAGCGACUGGUCAGGAGAGUCAUGGAAGGCUACCAUGGAACUGUUUUUGCUUAUGGGAUGACGGGUACCGGAAAGACAUUCUCCAUGCAAGGAACCGCCUCAUCGCCCGGUGUCAUCCCAUUGGCCAUUACGGACAUCUUUUCAUACAUUCGCGAAACCCCUCAUCGAGAGUUCCUGCUUCGCGUCAGUUAUCUCGAAAUCUACAAUGAGAAGAUACACGAUCUGCUCUCGGCUUCGAGUGCGGGUGCAACCGGACCCAAUGCGCCUCCACAAGAGGAAAUCAAGUUGCGUGAAGACAGUAAGAGAGGUGUUUAUGCGACACCGUUGAAAGAAGAGAUUGUGCAAAGUCCAACCCAACUUCUUCGUGUCAUUGCUCGUGGAGACCACGCACGUAGGACAGGCAGCACCCAGUUCAAUGCGCGGAGUUCUCGAAGUCAUGCCGUUGUCCAAAUUGUGGUGGAGAGUCGUGAGCGAGUACCAAGCGGCAAUUCCACCCAAGACAAGCGGUCUGCAGUGGGUCCAGGAGGUGUACGAGUCUCAACCCUGAGUCUGAUCGAUCUUGCUGGUUCUGAGCGUGCUGCAGAGAACAAAGAGAGGCGGACAGAAGGCGCCCACAUUAACAAGAGUCUGCUUACAUUGGGAACGGUCAUCGCGAGACUAUCAGAGAGUAAGGAGAAAUCGGCUAAUGCAGCGGAUAAGGAAGGCAAGCAUUUGCCUUAUCGUGAUAGUAAGUUAACACGGCUACUGCAGCCAGCAUUAUCGGGAAAUUCAUUGGUCAGCAUUCUCUGCACAAUACAAAUCGGCGCAUCCGGUAGCGCUGCCCCUGCCAACACACACACAAACGAAACACUCAACACGUUGAAAUUCGCUGCCAGAGCAAAGAACAAUAUUGUCAGUCAUGCCAAACGAGCAGAAGAGGCGUAUGGAGGAAAUGGAGACGGCGGGAGUAGAGUAUUGUUGGAAAGGUAUCGAAUGGAAAUUCAAACCCUGCGUGCUCAAUUGGAAACGCAAAGCAAAACCCAAGCAGAAAGUGACAUGAAGAUGGAAGAAGAACGAAUGGAGAAGGAAGCUGAAGCUCGCCACGAAGAGCAAAUGCUCGAGAUGCAACUAGCUCGAACUGCUCUCAAGGAGCGAAUCGAGCAUCUAAACCGACUCAUUCUUUCUUCCAAGUCCACUGGCGUCAAUAGCCACAGUGGCACCGCUGUCUUUGAUCGCUUGUCAACCAUCUCUGGAAUGAACGACACACGUACACGCUCGCUAUACUCUUCUUCGAGUCAAUCUACCCUUGGCGCGAACUCAUUGCGACGGACUGUUUCGCAACAGUCUUUGCACAGUACUGACCCUGGUAGCGCAUAUCAGUUUCGACGUUCCUCAAUGGUGCCGGAUGAGGAUGACGACACCGUUGGUGAAUUCGGUGAUGGAAAUGCCAGCCUACAAAUGCAAUUGACUGCGUUACAGGCCGAUUUGGCGGACAAGAAUCGGUACAUAUCCACGCUCGAACGACGACUACUUCAAGCGAGGCGCUCAAGCCAUUCGAGAAUGUCAAUGGGUCUGUCACAAAUGAAGAACGGUGAUGACGUUGACAUAAUGGCGUUGCUACGUGAAAAGGACAUGGAAAUUUCCGAGCUACGUAUCCAGCUGGACGACAAAGACAGGAUGCUCACUGCUCUGCGUUCAGCAGCCCGUCAGCGCGACGUUGCUCAAAUGAGCAUCGAUAUCCCAGGACAGGACAAGCGAAUUAUUGGCCAUCAGACCAGCGGUAGCAAUGCCAGCUCACUUGCCAGCCCUCUUAGUGCCACCAGUCCUGUCAACACCCUUUCACUCGCCAGUAUUUCAGAACGAGAGGUCAACUCCAACAGAAAGAGUGUUGAUGAGGUGUCUCGCAUGCUUGAUGAGAUGAUACAAGACCGUGUUGAGCAAGGUCAUCUGAACAAGAAUUCUCGUCGAAGCCUCUUGUUUGCGAGUGGAGCAACCAACCAACCAGACCCAAUCUCACCCAAGCCACCUUCUAUCAACCUUCCUGACCCGCGAACUUCUAUCAUUGAAGUGCCAGAAGAUGUAUAA